GCGACAGCGAGAGAAACUGGAAGUUAGCAGAUCGAAAACCAUACGAAACCACCCUCUCUCUCUCGGCCAUACGAAUUAGAUCGACAACCAUCGCUCUUUUUUCUCUCUCUCGGGGAUCUUCGAGGCCAAAUUUGCAGAUCGAAGUAUGGGUCAAGCAUUCGGUUGCAUCCAAGUGGACCAGUCAAAUGUAGUUGUCAGGGAACAUUUUGGAAAGUUUGAUGAUGUGCUUGAGCCAGGGUGUCACUGCUUGCCUUGGUGCCUUGGAUACCAGGUUGCUGGUAGCCUCUCACUGCGUGUUCAACAACUUGAUGUACGAUGCGAGACAAAAACUAAGGAUAAUGUCUUUGUCAAUGUUGUGGCAUCUAUUCAAUACCGUGCCAUUGCUGAAAAAGCAUCCGAUGCUUUCUAUAGACUCUCCAAUACCAGGGGACAGAUCCAAUCCUAUGUAUUUGAUGUUAUAAGGGCAAGUGUCCCGAAGUUGAACUUGGAUGCUGUCUUUGAGCAGAAGAAUGACAUAGCAAAAGCUGUGGAAGAGGAGCUGGAAAAGGCUAUGUCUACUUAUGGGUUUGAAAUAGUCCAGACCCUUAUUGUGGAUAUAGAGCCGGAUGUUCAAGUGAAGAGAGCAAUGAACGAAAUAAAUGCAGCUGCUAGAUUGAGGGUGGCAGCAAAUGAAAAGGCAGAAGCUGAGAAAAUAUUGCAGAUCAAGAAAGCUGAAGGAGAAGCAGAGUCGAAGUACUUGUCAGGGCUUGGCAUAGCUCGCCAACGCCAGGCCAUUGUUGAUGGCCUGAGGGACAGUGUACUUGCCUUCUCCGACAAUGUGCCUGGAACAACUCCCAAAGAUGUCAUGGACAUGGUGCUAGUGACUCAAUACUUUGACACAAUGAAGGAGAUCGGGGCGUCCUCGAAGUCGUCAUCCGUUUUCAUACCACAUGGACCUGGUGCAGUGAGAGACGUUGCUACACAAAUUCGAGAGGGUCUCCUUCAGGCUAGUUCUGUGGAAAAAAUAUGAGCUCUGGUGGAGUGGGUGAUGCGUGUUUGGUAUAUAGGUUUUAUAUUGAACUUCUACUCAUGAGCAGAUCUUAUUUUGAUUUGUUUGUUUUGGGCUCUCUUCGUUCAUCACAUAUCAGAGAGAGUGACGGUCUCGAAGUGACUUGAUGGCUGAAGGAUAACGUAGUUCCCAAUAGGAACCCUGUGUAAUUAUUCAAAUGCAAAGUGAUUAGUGUGUGUAAUUUUACCCCGAAUGUCUCUCUUGUUAUGCUUGAAACCAGAGAAUAUAAAGUGAGUAUUUAUGUAAGAUUGUAAUUUUCUCAUUUCA